AUGACCGAUUACUCAACAUGGAAAGUGACUGAAUUGAAGGCGGAACUGAAGCGGCGCGGCAUUGCGCAGACCGGCCUCAGAGUCAAACAACAAAUUAUUGACAGACUCGUGGAGGAAGACGCUAAGGGCGACGAGAGCCCAGUCGCGAACGAAGGGCCUGCCACGACACAAGAUGCUAUUGAGGAGUUACAACCCGCCGAGGGGAAACAACCUACGCCGCCUCCCGUGGAUGCUGCUGCAGAGUCACACGACCCCAACCCUGCAGAACAGGCGCAGGAGCAACAUCAUGACCAAGAAGUGCCAGGCACUGAUGCUGGUGAAACACAGGCCGAAAAGAUGACUACAGAUGUGACACAGGAUGACGACGCACCUACUGAGAAGAACCAGCAACAACCGUCCAAGUCGGAACCGGCAGAACCAGCAGAAGCCCAACCUGAAACUGGCACUCCAACCCAACCGAUUGAGCAGGCUCCCGGAGAUACAGAAGAGAAGGAACCUACACCUGCGAGGGAAGCAAGCACAGGCCAGACUGACUCCGCUGAAAAGGUUGCGCCAGCUGCUGCACCGCCCUCAGAGUUGGCUACUGGACUGUCUACACCACUUCCUCCCGAGGAGCUUAUUGAAGAUUCUCGAAAAAGGAAGCGUCGCAGUCAAAGCCCUGUUCCUACGCCCGACGCGCUGGCGAAUAAAAAGGCGAAGCUUCCAGCAGAAGCCCCUAGGGUUCUCUUACCGGAGGACAGAGGCGCGAUGGAUAUUGAUGGGGACACCAAAGCGGACGAGGUUGUCUCAGUUUCGCAAGAGACCCCAGAAGAACAUGUCCAUGCCGAUCUACCUGAUGAACAAGCUUCUGUACCUCGUGAUGACCCACGUUCUCCUUCUAGUCCCGAUAACUCACGAAGCAAAAAGAGCACUGCGCCGAAACAUGACGUUCGUUUCAAGCGCCUCUUUGCAGCUGGCGAGACAGAACAGACCCGUCCUGCAUCUCCCCCCGCUGAUACAGUAACUGAAGAUGCAGAAGUUGAGCCGGCCUUGCAUGUUGCGACAGCAGCACUGUAUGUGGGUGGCCUGAUGCGCCCGCUUCAACCGGCUGCUCUCAAGAGUCACCUCAUUAGUGUUGCAUCACCCCCUGGAGCUUCGCCCGAUCCCGACGUUGUUGUCAAUUUCUACCUGGAUUCCAUCAAGACACAUUGUUUUGUCAACUUUACAAAUGUUACGGCAGCGUCUCGUGCCCGUGCUGCUCUUCACAAUACCGUUUGGCCUAACGAGCGGAACCGCAAAACUUUGUUUGUGGACUUCAUCCCGGAGCAUAAGUUGCAACUAUGGAUUGAUACGGAAGAGAAUUCUCGUGGACGUAGCGGUCCUCCAGCUCGCUGGGAGGUAAAGUACGAUCGAACCGACGACGGAGUAGAGGCUGUCUUGGAAGAAAUCGGCCCGAAGAAUGCGGGAUCCCGUCAAGCCCACGGACCGGCGCCAGGUGACUUUUCUCGGCCUCCACCAUUGGGUCCACGAGCGGAUAUGGAGAAGAAGGACCGACGUCCCAGUGGGCCUUCUAAAGUUGAGCCCAGCUCUCGACCUGGUCAAGGAUUCAAGCCUCUCGAUGAGCUAUUCAUGUCUACUACCACCAAGCCUAAACUGUACUAUCUUCCUGUCCCUCGCGACGUGGCGGACCGACGUUUAGACCGAUUCGAUGAUUUGCUGCGAAAAGGAUCGUAUCCUCGUCCCGGUGGCGACGAAACUCGCCGGAUAUCAUUCGAGGACGGUGACCUAUUUGUGGACAAUGGCCCUGAAUUUGCCGGUCGGAAUCGGCGACGAGGUGGUCGCGGACGAGGUCGAGGUGGCUUUGGGGAUUCCUGGAGGGGCGAUCGAAGAGGUCGUCAUUAA